AUGGUAAUUGAAGAAGAUGCGAAAAAUAAUUGUAAAGAUAAAUCAUUGAAAAGAUUUGAGUGCCCUCAAGCCUUCAAAUUUGCGAUUGAAUUUAUAUCAAAAUCGGAUUCAAAGAAUCGUAAGUUGGGUGAUGCUUAUUCUCUUGUUCAAGUUGUGCUUAAUCCAGGUCCAACAUCUGAGGUUGCAAACUGGGUUGAAUUUCAAACUCAUCAAACAUGUUCUAACAUAUCAAUCAAAUCAGUCAAUGGAGGCGAUUGUUGCACGAAAGAAAGAACUGAUAACGUUGGUUGGAUAUAUCCAUGUGAUCGCCCGCUUAUUACAAACUUGCCAAGAUAUUUAAUGUGUUCUCCUACAUUGGAUGAUAAUGGCUAUAAUCCUCAUGCUGAAGACAUAUCCAACUUCCAAUUGACAAUGAUGAAGACACCUCUGCUGAGUGAGAGAAAAGCGAUCCCCUACAGUUGUUCAAAGUUAUUCGUUUUGCACAGGAAUGUCUCAAUCAAUAUUUACUACGACUCUCCAAAAGAAACGGUGAAGCAAAGCCUUAAGAAUGUUAACGUCAGAGCUCCUUUUGGUGCUCAAUCAAUUCCAUUUCAUCGUCAUGGGCCACCAAAGAUGAACUCAAACGACCAAUCUAUUAAUAGUGAACAGCAGAUUAAAAUGAGUGCUCCAUUAAUGGAUGACGUUAUUAAUUCCUCUGUACAAGGUCAAGUGGAACAUCAGAUUUCAUUGGUCUUCCAUUGGUUGAACAUCUUAAAUACAGUUCUCAUUAGUGGAUUAGUUCCCAUCUUAUUCAUCAAAAAUUGGCUUCCAGACUAA